UCUCAUCCAAUUCCACGCUGGGAGGACGCAGAGCCUGCACGACGGAUCUUUCCGCUUUGAAACUUGAGCCCACGUUGCGUGCAACCCGCGUGUUAAGCCUUCCGUGGACUCUUUUCGUCCUGUUUUUCUCCACUGAGAACGGCCGUGGUUGUUGUUGUUGUUUUUUUUUCCUCCGCUGUGGGUCUUCCCAGCAAAUAGUCGCACCCCGAGCACAAGUAGGGGACGAACCAGCGGGAAGAGGUGUGGACACUUGAAGGCACCAUGAGCAGGCAAACGGUGAACCUUGAUACCUACAGCCUGUCACUGCUCACGGCCAAGGAGGACAUCCUCAACCAUCGCUCCUCCACUAACUGGGCUUUAUUUGUAUACGAAGGACUCACCAACAAGCUCAAACUAGCUGACUCAGGAGUGGGCGGUGUUGCAGAGUUGGCCAGCAAGUUCCAUGCAUCCAAGCCACAAUAUGGACUGUGCAGAGUGGGAAGUGCAGAAACAGGAGGCCCCCGCGUAGCUAUGAUUGCCUGGGUCGGUGAACAUGUGGAAGAAUAUCGCAGGACAGAAUGUGCCGGACACAUUCCAGCCAUCAAACACUUCUUCAAGGAGGCGCACGCCUUCAUUAGUGCGCACAAAGCAGAUGACGUGACAGAGGAGAAAAUAAGAGCUGAGCUCAGCAAGAACCAAGCCCAUCCUCAGUGGACCAAGAAGAGCUCCAGGUUCUCAGAAAGGGAGGACAUAGUUGGUACAAACUACAGGAAGACCAAUGCUGCAAUGGAGAUGAGACUUAUCAACAGAGACUCCUUUUGGGCACGUGCAGAGCGAGAAGAAGAACUGAGGAAGGAAGAGGAGAGGAGACGAGCUGUUGAUGAGAGACGGCGGCUCGAAAGAGAACGCGUUUUGAAGGAACGGAAGGAAUCAGAAGAGCGAGAUCGAAAAAUGAAUGAGAAACUGCGGAUGAUAGAGGAGCAAAGACAAAAGCAGGCAGAACGACAGGAAGAGCUGCGCAGAAAGGAAAAAUUUAGAUGGGAGCAACAGCAGAGAGAGCAUGAGGAUGACAUGAGGGCUCAUCUGAGAAGGAGUGAGUCCAUAGAGAAGGCUGCUGAGGCAGCAGUGUUAGUGUCCCAACGCUCCAUGAACCCUCGGGAGUUCUUCAGGCAGCUGUCGUCAUCGUCAUCACGAAGUCCAACCAGCCCUGGAGCUUCACGUGCUGGUAAACCAUUCAGACGAUACCAGCGCAGCCUGACCGACACCGCUUUCAUCUUCUCUAAAGCAGAGGACAGCACGCCAUCCUCCCCACUCAGCUCUCCCUUCGUCUCCCCCUUCUCCCGGGCCUCUCCCUCCCCCAUCGGUGCCACGUCUCCUCCCACAAGCCCCAUUUUUCGUCCUGUCACCUCUCCGACCAGGACCAAAGUCCCACAAGUGUCACCGCCAAUGUCCCCGCUUCGUAAUGCCCCUCCGACUUCAGCCCCAGUGCCUGUAGUGUCCCCUGCUAAUCAGCAGCAUGUUGUUGAGACCAAAGCUCCAUCACCCACAGAGCCUUCUGCACUGCCAGUCUCCAUUAAUCUGGAAGCUUCCUCAUUCUUUGUCUCGGAAACAAGUAUUCCUACUGAGUCACUCCCCGGGGUUCUGCCACCCUCACCCCCAAAUACUCCAACCGAGCCAGAGCUCUCCACUUUCUGCUUUGGAAGUCCACCUCCACAGCCACCAUCAUCUCCCCUGCCUGAGAUACCACAGCUUAACACAGACCUUUAUACAUCCUUGUUUGUGCAUACUGACACUGGCUACAAAGCACAAGCUGUACUGCUAGAAGUAGACGAGGAGGAAGAUGACGUGGAGGAGAAGGAGGAGGAGGAAGAUGAGGCAGUGAAUGAAGAGGAGGAAGAAGAUGUGAAAGAGAAGGAGGAGCAAGUAGACAUGGAAGAGAAGGAAGAGGAGGAACCUGAAGUGCAACCGCAAACUUGUACAUCCACUGAUGAACCAGUCCAGGCUGAGUCAGAGGAGCAGGUGCAGGUGAAGGAGGAGCAGAUGGUGCGGGAGGAAGAAUCAGAGCAAGAAGUCGAGUCUGCAUCCCCAGAGGAAACAACUGAAAAAGUGUGUGGCGAUGAAGAGGAGGUCCAUGAAGAUAGAGAACACAAUGACCGAUUUGAGGACCGUCAGAGCCCAGAUAAUCUUUUGGAAAAAGAGGAAAAGUCCGAGCUGACAGGUCAAAUCUUAAUUUCAGGUGAGGACCGCAUUUGUCAAACCAUCAAGCUCGAGACAGUGGUCCUGCCAAGAAAUGGGUUCACAAAUGGAGAAGAGAAUGGCAUAGGGAGAUCUCUGAGCCCGUCUGAUGCUGAAAUCAGCUCACCAGAGCUGAGCGGGUGUUAUGACCUUCACAACGCUGCAGAGAGCGACGACAUUGGUGAAGAGAAGGAGAUGUCAGAAAAUGGACAAGAGGUUUUAGCGGAGCAACAAAUAUGUGUCAGAGCUCUGUACGACUACCAAGCAGAAGACGACUCUGAGAUCUCCUUUGAACCUGGUGACAUCAUCCGGGACGUGGAAACGGUGGAUAAAGCUUGGUGGAGGGGGUGGAGCAAAGAUGGCCGCCAAGGCUUGUUCCCUGCCAAUUAUGUGGAGACCAUAUAGCACCCACGCACGCACGCACACACACACACACACACACACACACAUACCCACACACGUUCACACUCUCAGGGACGCCAUUAUCCCUCACAAUUUAAUCGCGAUCUUUCCACGGAGUCUGGAUUUGCCAGAAAAUGUGAAGAAGAUUGCAUUUUCAUGUUCUUUGAUUUAAAAAAAUAUAGACAAUAUUUUCACAAAUUAGCUCUUACAAAACCUCGUAUUCAUAGACAAAACAGUCAGGACCUUUUUUGGGGGGACCAAAAUAUUUUAUUAAGGAAUGUUGGUGGGCAGGAUCACAUCAUAUCACAAUGACAAAUGAUCACAAACUUGCUUUUUCUUGUAAGAAACAAAAACAUGUAUUGUGUGUGUGUGGAUGUUUUUGUUUUAUUCAACAUAUAAUAAGCAUUUGGUUUUCAUGACUAAAACUUCACUGCUCUUAACUAUACAGUGUAUAAUCAAGAUGUACGUGUACGUACACUUAAACUUAUAAUCAUAUGCCCAACUUUCCUGAGAUAUUUUACAGCACUAUAUUUGUUACUGACAGUCUUUCAUAUCUUGAUUAACUGCUGCGGAACACAACAGCAGAGUUGAAAGCCUCCGUAUUUGCCUGUAUCAAUCUUUGAGACGAUGCUGUUUUUUUUUGUUGUCAUGGGGAUGUCUAUACUUGCAUCGUUUGAUUAAGUUCUUUUGUUCCCCCUGGAUUUUAAUUAAGUCAUGUAACACAGACGAUAUGCAGAAAAACAUCUUCAUUCUAUAAUCGAUUUAAAUAUAAUCAUACACUGUAUAUAAAAAUGUAUAGUAACAACAAAUAUUUCAUUUUUGGGUUGUGUAUUGUAUGUUGUUCGGUUAUUUGCUUUGUAUUUACUCCAGACUUACGAAAAUACAGCAUCUACAAACAGUUUUAUUAAAAUGUUCCUGUCCCAUUC